UGAACGCCAUCUUGGAUCAAGACGAGGUCCAGUUUGUGAUUUCGAGAUAAAACAAAAGCAGUCAUGGCUGAUGGUGAGGAUGAGGUGAGCUCAUCUACAGACCCUGUAUCAUGUGGAAUUGUCCUACGAGAUCCAGACAACCAGGAUGACCUUGGAGUCUCAGCCAGUAAAUAUAAAGCUGUCAGUCCUGAUGAAGGGUUAGGUGAUCUAACUAUUAGCUCAGUGUCCCCAAGUCUAGCCAAUCCCACCCUACAGGGUUUGUUAUCCUCUCCUGUAUCCCUCCCAGGCAGUCAGCUCCUUGCUGGUACAGAUGGCAUACAGAUUAUUGCAGUAUCCUCGCCCAAUGAUCUUCUGAACCAAGCAGACAGCUCAGGACGCGUGUGGCAUGUGGUCCCUCCAGAAAUGGCCACCCUAAUAGCUGUGGCUGGUGACAGCACACAUGAGCUUGAACAUAAACAUGAAAUGGCUGUGGAGAUGGAUGACGCCAUUGGAGGUGGUUCUAAUGAGGUGUCAAGUGGGAUGUCACAGGAUAGCAUUAUGAUGCCCCCUCCCCCACAGCCCCUCCCUGCAGACUGUCCCUCCUGGGCACACAGAAUCAAAUGUUGUGAGAAAAUUGGUGACUCAUACCGUGGAUAUGUGGAUAGUGAGGUUGACCUUGACCUAUUGUUGACCUACCAUAAACAACAGACUCAGAGUUUCUGGGGUACUCGUCAGUCACCGUCCCCAGCCAAACCCUCCACACGACUCAUGUGGAAGUCUCAGUAUGUGCCAUUUGAUGGGAUUCCAUUUGUGAAUUCUGGUAGUCGUGCCAUUGUGAUGGAGUGUCAGUAUGGUCCACGAAGGAAAGGCAACACCCUAAAGAAACAGAUGAUUGAUCAGUUUGGCCCAAAUAAACAGUGUGAGCAGUUUGUACCUGGAGACUACAGACAGACAUGUCCAGCCAGAAUUUACAUAAAGAAAGUGAAGAAGUUUCCCCAGUAUGCUGUUGACCUGAGUAUAGAUAAAAAGACACUGAAAUUAGCAAUGGAUAAAGCUUUUCAUGAACUGAAACAGCGUGGAUUUGAUGAUAUUGGUCAGGAAAGGUAUUAUAUACAGUUACCUACUGAAAAGGCCCAUGAGUUCCACAGUGAUGCAAACUGCUCCACCUCUCAGGUCCAGAGCCCUGCUGUGUCUGUCCCUAUAGGGGCCCAGAGUAUGGCCUUUGAUAAUCUGGAGACAGAGAGUGCUGCACAGAGGCUGGAUCCUCGUGUGGCACAGAAGAUACGGGAGAUAGUAUCGGGUGGGGAGACCAGAGUGUACUCAGUAAGGAAGAUUCUACGGUCUUUUGUGGUGCGUCAGUUAUAUAAUGGUGGGGAAAUACCUGAGCGACAUGACCUGACACUGUUUCCUACCGUAAACGACCUCAAAAACCACAUUCACCAAGCAUUAAAGGAUAUAGAAUGUGGCUCUCUUGCCCUCACUGCACCAACAGUAAAUGUAGAAAUCAUAACAAGUAAUGAUGGCACCCAAAGUGCAGAAAUGGGGCAGAUGGACCAAUCACUAUGGCAACAGACAUCUCAAGAGACAACAGAUGGCUCUGAACCAGUGCCUGAAACAGUCACAGUAACAUUAACACAAAAUCCUGGAGAGGAUGGCCACGUGAUAUCCAGAAUAGAGACUCACCUGAGUGAUGGCAGUUUGCGAGUUAGCACAACCUUAACCCCAGAGACGGCCCAACUCCUGUCUAGACUCCAUCCUAAUAUGUUUCCAGCUAAUCUCCUCAUGCAGCAACAAGUGGACCAGGCCGUGACAUCAAUAUCAGACCCGUCAGUGCCGCCGUCUAAUAACAUAAAGGUAGAGGGUUCAGUGCCUCUGUGUGGGGUAGAGCAUAUGGACUCUGGUGUGGUAGGUGCUGAUGGGGACAGUAUAAUGAAUGGGGGUGUAACCUCAAGUGACCCACAGGACAUUGGGGGUAUACACAUAAUACAGGGCGACCUAAGGGUGGCUACCUCACAUGGGGGUGUUUGUGCUGUGGUAGCAAGCUCAGAACUGGAUCAAAUUUCAGCUCAUCUAGAAGGACCUGGAUCAGGCAUGUCACUGGGGGAUGAAGAGGAUUCUAGCUUAGGACAAGGCACACAGCAUCAUCAAUUUGUUACAGUCGCUAUGAAUGAAUCAGGGGAGAUAAUUCCAGUUUUGGACGUGGAUGGGUCGGGAAUUACAAGUUUACAUCAGGCACCUUCACUAGACUGAUUCGUGUGUUAUUACACAUGGUGUAUUGAUUUUGUCUUCUUACUAGCAAUAUAUUUUCUUUGUCAGCAUUAAAUGCUUCAUAUGUUAUCAUUACACACCACUGAAUUAUUCUGUAAUCCAUUACACAAUCAUUUGUACAGUACAUAACAACUGUCUACAGCAAUGCAAAACAAAGUCUGUCAAUAUAUCAUACUUUAGAUAUAAAAUCCAACAAGAUUUCAGUGUUUUGUUACACGAAGAAGUGCUAUGUACUACAUACCUAUAAAGUCCAGUCCAAUGCUGGCUUAACACAGCUAGACUAUCAUGGGGAUCGUGCAAUGGAUGUGCUAUCAAAAGUCGAAGGAAUACUAGAUUAAAAAGCAGAACAAAUAUACCUAUUAAGUGAGGAUGCAUUAUCUGUUUGAAUGUUCUGCUCAAGUUUAUUGAAGGCAUUUUAGUGCAGUUUAAUAUUUCUGUUUCUUUUACAAGACAUGUAAAUUGAUAAACAAUUAUAUUGGGUUAUGAUGUGAACAUCAGCUUACCAUUCUCGAUAUUCCAGGGGUUACAGUCACUUUCGCUGUCUGCUCCCCUGGAACAUAUCAUGGCAUAAUUGAAGGUCCUAUGUGUGACAUCUUGUGCACAAGACAAAAAGAUCUUUUGAUCCUUUGAUGCACAUCAAGUGAACCUCCAGGUUGCAUUUAAGUCUAUUGUAAUGGCUUUCAGGUUAGAUAUCGCUCCUUUGUAAUCUUUUAAAGGAUGGUAUCAGCCUUUGAUUGGCCAGUUUUCUUCUCCUGGAACCAAUCAAAUUACUUUGUUUGUGCCUUUGAUUUUGCCAUAUGUUCAAGAGGUGCAGAGAGCGAAUGUGAUGGUAACCCCGGGCCUUGAGUAUUGAGGAUGUCAACUUACAUCCUCAGCUUGUAUCUAAAACUUUUUUGACAAGUUGUGACAUUUUUGUGCAGAAUUUGAAAUGCAAAAAUGAAUUUUAACUCAAAUUUUGAAAGGAGCAGUAGGGAAAUAAAAAUUACGUAUUACAGUGAUAUAGUAGCUAACUAAUGUUUGAUGACUUUUUGUUCAGUUUUCCUAAUUUUUGGAAAGGAGAAAAGAAAGGUAAUUAUAUCAGGCCAUGCUUACAUAUACUAAUGAAAAAGUUCAUAGGACAUUUAUUAGUUUUUCAUGAACAGAUAUAAGGGUACAUUUAGAAGGAUUUAUUGUCUAGAACAUCCAUUAUGAUGAUAUUAUAAGUUUUCUAGGGCAGCUACUUAAAUUUGUUUCUUCCAUUUUUGUCUCAAUACUGGUGUUUAGUUUUCAUUUAUCAUUUUAGUUGUUUAGAUAGAAUAGUAAAUAUUGGUGCUUAUUGAGGUGCAUUACAUAUUUUUGAAGUCUGGGAUAUAUUACUGCAUUACAGAAUGGAGUAAAAAUCAGUGUCACCCCAUUGUAUUGUGAACAAGGGAUACAGUUUACCCUUAACAUAUUAAAGAAAUCUGGAUUUUCACCAAUUUGGAGGGGUUUGUACAUGCAUUCAUGGGUAAUGGGGGAAUAAUGGGGGUUUGUGAUAUCAUUGAGAAUUUGUUAAAUGUAAUAUUUGUGACUAUUUUCAACUUAAGUGAAAACAAAAUGUGCUUCAGUAUCGCUUGUUUAGUAGAAUCAAAAUAUAUUUACUGAAAGGUAUCACAGUAUUAAAGAGUCUUCACUUGUUUCUACCUUUUGAUACAUAUUGUAGUGUUAUGGUAGGAGGUAUAUGUGCUGUAGAUUUUCCAUUUCUUGUCACCAUUGAUACUAAUUACAUUCUUAGUUUGAUUAUCAUGACAAAACGAAAAUAAUGUAAUUAAAAUUUGUUGAAUGGAUGAGUUCAUGUCUCAGGAUAAUGUCUUAAAGGUUCAUCUUUUAUUUUAAAAUGCUUGUGUUUAUAAAUUUCAGACGAAUCAAUACAGUGAAACAUUAAUUUUUGUGUUCAGAUUUACUUGGUGUUAUUAGUCAUGAUGUCUAAUGUUUCCUGUGCUAUAAAAAACAGAGAAUUCAUACCAGUACACAAAAGUAUCAACUAAACAAUAACUAUAUUUACUGAAGCGUAUGCUGGGUAAUGAUUAAAGCUGAAGCCCUGCUGUAACAGGUGGCUGGUUAGGUAACUGAUGGAUGGGGAUAUAUUCCAUCCGACACAAAAAGACCUCUAGAAGCAGUUUCAAAUAUCAUGGACAUGAUUGUAUCUGUAAGGAGAUUAGUAAAAUCCACCUUGUUAUUUCUCUGAUUUUACCCCUCCUCUCUUAUUUCAAAACGCCUAAUGAUUACAAAUAUUUCUUUGACCCACCAUUGUACAUGCAAGGUGCGAACUAGCUUCAUGUUUGAACCAAUGUAAAACACAGUGAAGUGUGAACUAGUAUAUUGUUUGAACCAUUGUAAUGUUUAGCUUGUUCAAUGAUUGAACAGGUGUAAACUGUGAACCAUUGUGAUAUGCAAACUUGUGUUGGAUGUGAACCAGAGUAAUGUUUGAACUUGCUGGUUCAAUGUUUGAAUGUGUGUAAUAGAAGAACCAUUGAAAUGUGUGAAAAAGAUCAAUAAUUGAAUCUGUCCACUAGAGUAAGAUGUACACCUGUAAUAUGUGUGAAUGCAAACCAGAUUAAUGUAUGGUUGUAUGAAGUACACUAGUAUGAUUUCUGUGUGAAUCUGUGUGAGUUACGGAGUUCAUGAUAUCAAAUUAGGCAAGGUUAUGUAUUAUCUACUAAGUGCUUUAUUCUUCAACUUUGCUCCUAUGUUAAAAUAUUACCAAUAUUUUCAAUUUCAGUCAUCUGACUAUCUGAAUAUUGACAAAUGAAUGUGCUGUUAUUAUUUCUUUCAUAAAAUGUUCAUUACACUUUCAAGAAAGUGAAAGUUUUAUUUUAAUGUUGGAUGACUAGUUAGUUUGUUAGUGUAAUAUAUACUGUUAUAUUUACCAUGUUUUGUGUUAUUUUAAAAGGUACCACCUGUAAUAUUUGAUGUAAGUUGUUUUUUUUUUAUUCAUGUUAGGUCAGAUAAUAUCUGGAUCCCAUAGUGGGAUUUGAAAUCUAUUUUCGUCUCAUUGUGAAAGUGACUUGUCUUUACUUAGCUGUGAUCUGUAUAAAUUGUAUUGUACAAAGUUCAAUUAUUUAAUUCUGUUGUUAAAUGUUCCAUUAUUCUAUUUAUUAUGUAUUUUUUGCAAA